AUGGAGGAAGAAAAGGGCCACGAGAUUGUGAUAGUUGGAGCUGGAAUUGGAGGACUUGCUACUGCUCUUGCUCUUCACAGGAAAGGGUUCAAAGAUGUGGUAGUUUGUGAAAGAUCAGAGACUCUGAGAGUUGAGGGGACAGCAAUAGGGAUAAAUUCGAACGGAUGGCGGGCGCUUGAUCAGCUUGGUGUUGGAAAUCAGCUUCGAGACAAGGCUUUGCUUCUACAAGGAGGAGAAGAUGUAUGGAUGGACCAAGGAAGGGUUCAAAAGUUGCCUUGGCUGAAUGGUGAAGUUCGUUGUUUGAAAAGAAGAGACUUAAUAGAUGCCCUUGCUAAUGCUUUGCCACCUAAAACCAUACGGUUUGGAUGCAAUGCAAUCGGUGUGAAAAUGGACCCUCAAAGUUUAUCCCCAGUCCUUCAACUUACUGAUGACAAGGCUGUACGAGCUAAGGCUCUGAUUGGAUGCGACGGAUUAAAUUCUAAAGUGGCAGAUUAUCUUGGAUUGAAACCUGCAUCUUUGUUUACUCUUGGUGGAGUCAGAGGCCUGACAAAUUAUCCGGAUGGUCACUGCUAUCCUCCUAAAUUUUUUCGGUUGAGAAGUAAUCAGGGUGAUGCUAGUAUGGUUGGACGAAUUCCUAUCAAUGAUAAGUUGGUAUACUGGUUUGUGGCUGUGAAAUUGUCUCGACUAGAAGGGAAUUUUCCCAAUGAUCAAGAACUUAUCAAACAGGAAACCUUGAAAAUGUUAAAGGAUUUUCCAGCUGAUACAAUAGAGAUGAUAAAGAAAAGUGAUACAGACUCAUUAUCAUUCACACGCUUGCGAUAUCGCCAUCCAUGGGAGAUACUGGUAGGAAAAUUUUACAAAGGAUCAGUGGCUGUACUUGGGGAUGCAAUGCAUGUUAUGGGUCCAUUCUUGGGUCAGGGCGGUUCAGCAGCCUUAGAAGAUGCGGUGGUUCUUGCUAGAAAUAUGGGACAGAAGAUUAGUUUUCUCGGUAAAUCUGAAGGGACGCAACCAGUGAGUAGCCACAUGCAGAUAGAAGAAGCCUUUGAUCAAUAUGUUAGGGAGAGAAGGAAGAGGAUUGUGCAGUUAUCAUUGCAAACUUACCUCAUCGGUGUGAUCGUGGGAAGCACAUCAUCUGCGGCCAAAUUUAUUGCUAUUGUCAUACUGGUUAUCUGUUUUCGAGAUCAAAACGCACAUUCCAAAUAUGAUUGUGGCAAGCUAUGAAGAAAGUAUCAAGACAAAAGAACUAUCAUUUAUAUAUGUAGCAUGUCAAGCAUGUCUAUUUUUUUCAUCUGAGACAUCUACUGAUAGUCCUGCUGAUUCCUUGGUACUGUUGAAUUGCCCGAAACAGCCUAAAGUUUAGCAUUGACACUAUCAAAUUGUAUGCUUAAUGUAUAAUGUAAAGCUUGCUCACAUUGCUCACAUUUGUAUGAGCUCAUUCAGCGAAUAUUAUCUUUACUUGUAAAACUCCUCUUGCCAAAUACGCAAUUUUUCACAUCUGACUGAUAUCGGGUUGCCAAAAUUAUUGGCCUAUAGUUCUUUUUCUUUUUAUAAAUUUCGAUGAUGAUUUAGAAGUCCAAGGAAAGAUAAAAUUAGAUGUUAAAUGGUUUUCCUCCUUCCCAAAAAUAUAGUCCACUUUAUUAUCUAUCAGGUCGGGGGCAGCUUCCAAGUUUGAAGGGGCUAAUCAGUGA